GACUGUCCGUGAUUAAGUCAUUGUAACGACGGUUUUCGGCAUUUACCGCCUACAAAUGGCGUAUAUAGAUGACUGCGACGAGUACUUUAAUUUAUCAGGAAUAAAAUCAUUUGAUGAUUUUAGGCCUAUAGACUUUAACAUGACGAUGAACAGAUUCAGUGAUGUCUAUGUUUUAUAUUUGAAGAAAGUAUACAUCGCUCUGCUUGCAUUCGGCUUGGUCAACAAUGCGUUGUUUCUGUACGUUAUGUUCCGUGUACAACGUAUGCACAGCGGGACAAAUGCCUUACUGAGCAGCUUAGCUAUAUCUGAUAUGAUAUUUCUUUUCGUUGCCAUUGGUGAGAAGAUUGUUCGUUGUCACAGUAAUUGGUGUGUCUAUGAUGUCCGUAAUACGACAGUCUCAAUUUUGUCACAGAUUGUGAUUGAGACUUCGUACCAUGCGUCUUUGCUAUCAAUAACUCUAGUGGCGCAUGUGAGGUAUUCUUCUAUAUUCAAACAUCGUAUCGACAACAAUCCAUCUUUGAUGAGACAAAUUUUUAAACGAUAUCGAAUAACAUCUUUUUUCAAUCUCGACACAACGAAAAAACAAAUAUCAUUCGUCUGGAUUACUGGGUUCACUUUUGCACUGAUGCUACUACCAUUAAAAUUGAAUUUUAAAGUGAAUUGUCUAAUUUGGCCUGAUGAUGAUGUCUAUUCCGCAUAUCCUAUAGUUAGUGUGGAACUCCUUGAAGCAGACGGUAUUCUGUGGGCAUAUGGUUGCUUAAUGGAAGGGUUACCGUUUGCUCUUGCAUUUGUCUUUAGUUGCUAUUGCUACUUGAAGUUGAUUCGAGCAUACUCCGAUCACGUUAAACGAUCGGCUACCGAAGGAAGACAUAAACAACGGCGCCAUCGUUUGAGCACAAUGCUUGCCCUCAACAAUACCAUAUACUUCGUGUGUUUAGCACCUUACUGUGUGCCUUAUUUAAUCGGAGGUCUUAUAUAUUUCUUCAAUCAGACGGCAGGAAAAUCAUUGGUAGAUUACUUAAAAUUUGGAGGAAUAGUUGGCGAUUUCUUAGUCGGUGCUUUAUACCUUAAUGCUUCUAUUUCUGCGUCGUUGUACACAACAAUCAGCCCAAGCUACAGGCGUGCAUAUCGAGAAGCCCUAUGUUGUCAGAAUUCGUGAACUUUUUAAUGUCAAUGUUUAUCAAGAAAAGCAUAAAUAAUUGCAACCAAAGUAUAAUCAAAACCAAGUUCGUCGAUAAUUAGGGCAGAACAUAACAACUUAAUAAAAGGCCUGCCUUAAAAUGAGGAUGGGGGCGGGGUGGGGUGCAUCAGAUAAUUUCAAGCAGGACAUUGUGUAUUCGAUCGAUAUUAUUUGCGAAACCUGAAUAGGCUAUACGAUGUGAGGCGUUAGUAGCAGCUAUAAUAGGUUUUAUAUUGAAAACUUGGGCACGAACAACUUUAACUUUUUUAAUUCAAUUUUAUUUUAUAUUGUAUUGCGUCUCAUCAAUUUGUAUAUGAAAUGGUAUAACUUUUAGGCCUGCAUUUCGCAUUUUGAUGUAGAGUAUCUUAGUUUGUUUUGUACAGCAGAUUUGAUGCUACUUUAAAGUUAGUGGUUCACACAAGCCACACAAGAGAUGUUGCAUUGCGUUUUAGUCUAAAUUGCUCUUACGUUUAGUUGAGUAUCUAGGGGUGGCGAGAAUGCUACCCCAGUCUUCCCCAUUGAGAAUGUCCGAAGCAAAAAAAUCACGCUCAAAUUAGUAGCUGAAAAUCGAAAAAAUCGAACCCCCUCACCUCACCUUCGCGUCCCUUAUCAGACCUCCACCCACCCAAGACUCAU